AGCUCUCACUGGGGGGGUUAAUGUAAUGAUAAUGGCUGGCCCCAUGGCGUCUAUAUCUGGCCAGAUCAAGGAAUAGUUUAGAGUUGAAGAUUUGAGUUGUUCGUGUGUGGGUCAAAUUCUGCUGCUUGUGUUACUUGGUUCAAAUAUGAUGUUUAACAAACCUAUAUGCUCUCUCUUCCUGCUGGCUUGGAUGUUCGUGGUUUCUCACUCGACACCUCUUCGCGAUCCUAUCCCUGAAGGUGAUCUCGAUCGUGAUUUGUAUCGUGAAAUCGAUCGUCAAAUUCGCGAACCCAUAGGCACGAGCGAYUUAGAUGACUCCAAGUACGAGUUACAACGCCGUUGYGCGACCUUCAAUUGUGGGAUUCUUCGYAAGCUUCGCCUUGGGUUGGGAUCAAAGAAUCGAUAUCGUUACAGAUAUGGCAGCCAUAGGAAUAUAUAUGGUAGCCGAACAAGACAACUACAGCAAAGAAACAUCAACAGUCACAACCAAGCUAAGAGAGAUGACUAAGAUUCUACCGCCCAAGGAGUUUGAUAAGGAAGAUGGCUAUUGAAUUAAGAGUAAUUUAAUUUAAACUAAAACCAGCUAACUUUGAGUACUUUGUAAAAUGACACAUAUACCAAGGUGUUAUCAUCGUAACCACUCAUCGUGGGGGAUUCUAGUUUAUUCUUUUCCCUGGUAUGGGAUGUUGUGUACUGUUUAUUUUGUUUAGUCUCUGAUUUUUUUCCCUUCCUUGACCCGUAACUGAGUCUUAUCCCAAUAUCCGAUACCCGAUACUACGGGAUACUACCCAGUGUCUCGUACCGCCUUUUCCCGUAACCAAUAUUUCAUAUGUCCGUCCCCGUAUCUCAUAUAAAAGUCGUACACUGUAUCCCACAUCCCCUAUCCCGUCACCCUUAUCCUKUAUAUCCCGUAUCCUGUAUCCUAUAUCCCGAGUCCCGCAGUAACUCCURACUAUCCCAAAACAGGUUUAAUUAUUUAUUUUCAAUGAUAAUAUCUUAAACUAGGUCAGAUCAAAUAACAUGUGUUUAUUUAUUAAAGAUUUCUAAUAAUAUUAAUAAUAAUAAUAAUGACAAUAAUAGCAAUAAUAAUUUUUACAAUGGUUAAUUUUGUUGUAGAAGACUCGAGAACAAUAUUGACUCUGGACUCCGUUCUGGAAUCUGGACUCUGAAUUAUUUUAUUCCAAUGAGCUUUCUUUUUAAAUCGCAAAUGYUAAAUGUUAUUAAAGUGAAUAUAGUGCAUUUAUUUAUUUAUCACUGAAUAAAACCAACGAGUUAUAAUUA